AUGAAUCGUGUUGCAUCAUCACUGCCCUCUCAACCUCUACAUUUGUUACGAGCAAUCACCUUUUCUCUAUCUCUCCUCCUCCCCUCCGACCGCUGCUGCCCAUUAUUCACGACACGACAGUACCCCUCUUCGACUCUGGGUCGUGACAACAAGCGGACAGAAUGUAAAUCCAACAUUUCGAGAGGCCUUUCACCGGCUUUCGACAACUGGACGCCAAUUGACGCAGAAGAGUGCAGAUAUGCAGCUCUACCCUCGACGGCGUCAUGUGAGCUUGUUCGGCGCGCCCCACCUCCGAGCAUCAGCCCAUCUUCACUGGCCGCGAUGAGCAGGGACUUUGAUGCUUUGGGCAACAAAGGCACGAUAACAGGUAAGGCCCGCUUAAGAGUUUCGGACGAUCGGAGCAGGUUGAUUGGUUCAUACCGACUCUUGUCUCCGUCCCCAAUCCUCUUCCAGACCACAUCAUCAUCUCUCUUUCACUUGAACUCCAGACGAGUGUGA